AAAAAAAAAGACAAAAAAACAUUGAUGAAGUAGUUCUCGUCGCCAAUGCGCAUUCGGUUGGGGUUCGAUCUAUUCAGGUGAUAUCAUGAAAUUCAUGGAAUAAAACGUGUCUCUUUAAUUUUACAGUCAAAUCAUUCGAAAGAUUAUCUUACCUUUACGAUUUGGAAAACGCAUUUGAUUCCACGUCGUCGUCGUAGUUGGAUCGUUCGUAUUUUUUAUUUUUAUUAUUUUUUAGUUUUUUUUUUUAUUCUUCUUUAUCUUUUGAAAGACAAGAAAAUGACUAAGAGAACCGGAUUUCAAAAGAUUUAAUAACCCGACGAACACUGCAUAAAAUUCCUUUUUUUUAUACUUGUGUGCGUGUGCAUAUGUGUGUACAGUGGAACAAAAUAUCCAAAAAAAAUUACAUUUCAUUUGUCUGAUCUGUUUUAAACAAUUGUUCAAAUGUUUAAACGUGUUAAAUAAAAAAAAAAAGGUAUAAAAAAAGGGCUGAGGGCAAAGUUUUUUCUUUUGGUUUUUUUUUUUUUAUUCAAAAUACCCGCGCUUUGAUUCAAGUUUCAUGAAGUUUCUUCAAUUUCACGGGCGCUGAUGUCGUUCACUGUUCACAUGUUUUAUCUCCGCCAUAGUGUAAACGAGUUUUUAUCUUGGCACGUGUCGGCCUAUAUCGGAUAACCGCAGCAAGGAUCGUUUCUCGUCCCUCUUCACGUUUUGCACGUGAGCGAAUCUUGAUAAUCCGAUAAGUUCAUAUACACACAACAAGUUGCUCAUUCGUUCCUUGGAGAAAGAAAAUCAUCCAUACCCAUCACACAACCAUCACCAACACUACUACAACUUGAAAGAUGUCGAUAUUUAUGAUCAUCUUAACUUGUCUACUAUUGAUCAUAUUUUAUUACACCAAUCGCAAGAAACAUCGAUUACCACCAGGCCCAUUAGGCCUACCAAUAGUUGGUUAUUUACCAUGGUUGAAUUCAAAAGCUCCUCAUUUAACGUUGACCCAACUGACCAGAAAAUAUGGGCCUAUUUGUGGAUUGAAAAUGGGAUCUGUUUAUACGGUUUUAUUAUCGGAUCCUAAAUUGAUACGUCAGGUACUAGCUAAGGGUUCAUUUGCUGGAAGAGCACCAUUAUAUUUGACUCAUGGAAUUAUGCGUGGUUAUGGUUUGAUUUGUGCCGAGGGUGAUCUUUGGAAAGAUCAAAGAAGAUUCGUUGCAGGAUGCUUGAAAAAUCUUGGAAUGGUCAAAUUUGGAUUGAAAAGGGAUAAAAUGGAAAGAAGAAUUCUCGCGGUUGUAGAUGAAUGCAUUUUGAAAUUAAAGGAUAGAUCUACGGAAGAUGGUUUUGAUCCUAAUGAGACGUUGCAUCAUUGCGUUGGAAAUUUGUUAAAUGAUCUCGUCUUUGGUAAAACUUACGACGAGAACGAUCAUAUUUGGAAGUGGCUUAGAAAAUUACAAGAGGAUGGAGUUAAACACAUCGGUGUUGCUGGACCAUUAAAUUUUUUACCAUUUCUUAGAUUUUUGCCACAAUAUGGUAAAACAAUGUAUAAUUUGAUAAAUGGCAAACUACAAACUCAUGAAAUUUAUCAAAAAAUAAUCGAAGAACAUCGAUCAAAUCCCAAUGCAAACAAUGAUACCAUUUUAUCCGCAUUCAACGAUGAAAUGACGAAUAAGAUGAUGGAAUCUAACAACCUUGGAUAUUUCACCGAACAACAAUAUUAUCAUUUGCUCGCUGACAUUUUCGGUGCAGGAACAGAUACAACCUUGACUACUUUACGUUGGUUUCUUCUUUUCGUAGCUGCUUAUCCCCACGAACAGGAAAAGAUUCGUCAUGAGAUGCAAGAAGUUUUAUCAGAUAAAGCACCAACAUUGGAGGAUAGAAUUAUUUUGCCACGUUUAGAAGCAACAAUAGCUGAAGUACAAAGGAUUAGAAGUGUUGUACCAAUUGGUAUACCACACGGAACCAUCGAGGAUACCCAAAUAGGUGAAUAUGAUAUUCCAAAAGGUACAAUGAUCGUCCCAUUGCAAUGGUCCAUUCAUACAAAUCCAUCUUAUUGGAAAGAUCCUUUAGAAUUUAAACCUGACAGAUUUAUUGCCGAUGAUGGUAGCCUUGCUAAGCCGGAAGCAUUCUUACCUUUCCAAACUGGAAAACGUAUCUGUGUUGGUGACGAAUUAGCAAAAAUGAUUUUGUUUUUAUUCACUGCAAGGAUUCUGCAUCGAUUUGUUAUUUCAAUUCCAUCAAAUGUAUCAUCGAUUGAUCUUGAAGGUGAAUGUGGUAUAACUUUGAUACCAAAACCACAUCGUUUGGUUUUUACACUACGUGAAAAUCUUACCAAUUGAUUUGUUUAUUUUUCUAUUAUAUAAUA